AUGAAGACGCAGAACAUCAGGACCCUCUCUCUCAUCCUCUCCAUUAUUUUCUACCUGCUCAUAGGAGCCGCCGUCUUCGACGCGCUGGAGUCGGAAAGUGAGAGUUCAAGAAAAAAGACGCUGGAGCAGAGGCUGAACGAGCUGAAGAAAAAGUACGGCUUCACCGAGGAUGACUACAGGGAGAUUGAGAAAGUGGUCCUCCUGUCGGAGCCGCACCGACCCGGGAGGCAGUGGAAGUUCGCCGGCUCUUUUUAUUUCGCCAUCACUGUUAUUACCACAAUUGGUUAUGGCCACGUUGCUCCUGGAACUGAUGCUGGCAAGGCCUUCUGUAUGUUUUACGCAGUCUUGGGCAUUCCUCUGACACUGGUCAUGUUCCAGAGCCUGGGCGAGAGGAUCAACACUUUUGUCCGCUUCCUCUUGCGAAGAGCCAAGCAGGGCCUGGGCUUGCAGAAGACGGAUGUGUCCAUGGGGAACAUGGUCCUGGUGGGUCUGCUGUCUUGCAUGAGCACUCUGUGUAUCGGAGCCGCCGCCUUCUCCCAUUUCGAGGACUGGACCUUCUUCAACGCCUACUACUACUGCUUCGUCACACUCACCACCAUCGGCUUUGGGGAUUUUGUAGCACUGCAGAAAAAAGACACUCUCCAGAAGCGACCCCCCUACGUGGCCUUCUGCUUUAUGUACAUUUUGGUUGGGCUGACAGUGAUUGGAGCCUUUCUUAACCUGGUGGUCCUGAGGUUCCUCACUGUGAGCUCAGAUGAGCCUGAUGUGAGGCUUGAGGCAGAGGGAGGGGAGCGGGGGCCACAUCCUAAAGACACACAAGGGGAUAGGGAGUUGUCGGAAGCUGAGGCAGAUAGGGACAGAGAAGAUGGACACAGCAGCCAGUGCAACCUGAGCCUGCCAAUGGAAGGGGGCACCAGCUGCAUGAAUCUACUCCCUUCUCCCGUAGAGGAUCGCAGGCUUAUAAUAUCUGAACAGAGGGUGCUCCCUGAACCCAGCAGACUCAGAGCCUUGUUCUCUUGUGUCUGCUGCGGACUGGACAGUUACGAAAGCCCCCCUCCAGCUCAUCGUGACCAUGAGUGCGGCCACAGCAACCCCGUCUUUUACAACUCCAUCUCCUACAGAGUGGACCGAGCCUCAUGCAGCUCCUGCACUGUGUCGUUGCAGACUUCCCCCAGCAGCGCUGUGCUCUACCUGAGCAAGAACGAUCCUCACACUAGAAGGAAGUCAUUAUAA